AUGCUCGCGAUGGAGAAUCAGACGACGGAAGAAGUUCGGGAACUGGAACCGAUCUAUCCUUCCGUGGUGAACGCGCCGGGUCAGGAGCAAAAGUUCAUCAAACCCUUGGAUGGCGACAGUGUACUAGCAGCUAGUGAAGAGCCAAGGAGAAGCAGUGGUGAUGCCGCUGCUGCUGGUGCUUCUGGUGAUGCUGGUGCUGCUGUUGGUGCUGUUAAUGGUGGUGGUGAUGGUGCUGUUGGUGAGGGGAGUUUCCGUCAAGGACUGGAGGACGUGGAGUUGAAGAUGAAAAUAGGGAAUCCUGGCCAGUCCUGUGAUGACACGUGCGCAGAGCGAGGCUUGAAGUGUCAGGCCGACCUUCUCCCCCGCAUCAACAACUGUCCUCUGCUCCGUCAUUUCUUCCCCUGCACGCCUGGCUGCUUCGCCUCUCUGGGAACAGAGCAGCCAGCAGAGCCACCCAGACAUGCGCAGGCUGUGCCCCUGUAG